GCGAACCUUUGUGCACUCACCUCGGAUCGGCAACAUGAGUCUUUGGGCUCCGUACUUUGAUUCAAGCGACGACGUGGACAUCGAUGGCGAUGUGUUCCGUGUGUACUAUGCAGGCUCGCAAGGGCCAUGGAUACUGCUCUUGCAUGGAGGUGGUCACACUGCCUUGACAUGGUGCUUGACAGCUUCCAUUUUGAAGCAGCAUUGCCGAGUGUUGGCUUUCGACUUCCGUGGCCACGGAUCGACUCGCUGUGUGAACGACACGGACCUGUCGGCGGCAACGCUGGUGUCGGACACGAUCAACCUCUUGCAGCGCUGCCUCCCUGACGACUCAUCGUCUCCAAUGGUCUUGGUUGGUCACAGCAUGGGUGGGGCCAUUGCUAUACGAGUGGCAGCCAAAAACGAAUUGCCGUCGUUGGGGGGCAUGGUGGUCAUCGAUGUUGUGGAAGGCACGGCGUUGGCGGCGCUGAGCCACAUGCAGGGGAUCUUGAACAGUCGUCCGAGCCAGUUUGACAGUCCCGACGACGCCAUCAAGUGGAGUCUGCAAACUGGCGCCGUGCGCAACCCCGAGUCUGCCCGCGUGUCGAUUCCGUCGCAGCUAUGCUUAACCUCCGGCGGCGGCUAUACGUGGCGGACGGACUUGCAUGCGAGCGCACAGUAUUGGACAGGAUGGUUCACGGGCAUCAGCAGUUUGUUUCUCAACGUGUCGAUUCCCAAAGUGCUCCUCUUGGCAGGCACCGAUCGCCUAGACACGGAGCUCACUCGAGGCCAAAUGCAAGGCAAGUUUCAGCUGCUGCUGCUGUACGGAAGCGGCCAUGUGAUCCAAGAAGACUGCCCCGACAAAACUGCCCAAGCGCUGCUCGAGUUUUGCGGCCGCAUCACGCCCAUCGCAGGACUCAAGACCCAGCGAGACAUUCUCGCGGAAAAGCUAGCUAAAGCUCGUGGAUUGAUUCCGCAGAGAUAAGCAUGAACAUGAUGAAUUACGACUGCCUUAAUGGACAAGGACACUUAGCAACACGAUGGCCAUAAUGACGACGAACGGUCCCCACGUCAGCAGGAAUCCCUGGAGGUUGACAAACUUGCCGAAAAACAAGCAGUAGAAACACAGCACGAUCAUGUUCCAGUACUGGCCCCACACACACGGGUACGCCAUCGAGUUCAAGCAUCGCGCGACAUGCGAGUGGCAGUUGUCGCAGCAGAGGUUGUGCAUGCGCUUCUUGUACACGUCGCAUCCCUUUCGCACCCCUUCGUCCCAAGCAUCUUCGCUGAUUGAAGCCGGGAGACUCAGUUGGAGGUACCGCGUGGGCUGACCAAAGGCGAAAUUGUCUUCGCCGAUGGAGUAUGGUCCCGCAAAGUCGUAGAUGACUCCGUUGGAGUCGGCAAUUCCCAUGUGUCCGAUGAAUGGGAUGAGCCACGUGAUCACGGGCAAGGGAGACCACACGAUGCAGAACGGGAACCGAUGGUUCGCAACGUCAAUGCUUCUUCGACCAUGCGGCUCGUCGUCCUCCUUCGGGACUUCCAUC